AUGAAACCUCGCCAGCUGCCUGAUCCUCUACCGCCCAGUGCACAAGACCUAAAUGAAAAUAUGAAGAGUAUUGUCGAAAGUGUACCGACCGCGGUAAUAACCAAGCCUAUUGGAGUACCCACAAUGGUAACAGAAGGAAUUGAAGCCCUCGCGACAGCAGCUGCCCAUAUACCUGGAAUACAUCCCGUACUCGAUAGCAUCCCUGAAUCGAUAUCUAUUGGCACCCAGCAGCUGUGUAUCGGGUUUAGUUCAAACCGAACAGAAUGCCACCCCCUUCCCGCAAAUAUAUCCACUACGUUACCAGCGCCAGUGGAAUCCAUUCUUGGGGACACUUUCGAACGUCUGCAGCAUUUUGAAGAUCUGGCCGCCGGUAGGGUUCUGGGAAGUGCACGGCCUGCAGUUUUAGUUGGGCUUUGCCUGGUGCUUAUUAACAUGUUCGUAACAAUAUUCUUCACGGUGGGACUAUGGUCCAGUUACAAAUGGGUAAAGUGGGCAGUUAUGGUGAUGUCCAGCGCAGGGUGCCUUGGUUGUUUUAUUGUCUCAACUAUCUUUGUGCUCGGGCUUCAGUCAGCAAUUCAGAAGGUCAUCCAGAGCAGCUUACCUCUGAUUGUCGCUGUGGAUGAGGGACCAGCAGGAAAGUACAGUGUAGGGGCCAUCGCUGUAAGCGCCUGGGACAUUGCGACCGGUACGGCCGUCAAGAAGUCCGGCAUCAACAGCUCUUUGAUCAGUUGCGCAUCUUGCUCAAUGCGCCCCAAACGCCAACAGUCUUGGUUCCAAUUCGUUACAGAGGAAGUGGGGGCAUCCCUGAUCUAUGAUCCGAACUGCCUACCACAGUUGAUACACUUGACCGACGCACCACACCGGCGUCAUCCAGCCUUGGUCUCGUUCCUGGGCCGGGGUAAGAAGGAUAGAGCGUUGCGUUCCCUCUUUGCGGACAACCCAUCAAACAGCAUCUCAACCUUCGGCUUCAGGCUACGCGUGGACCAUCGGACACUAUACUCUGGACGCCCGAUUCUCUUUACAGAUGGAGACCCCAACCAAUCCCCGCAGCCACCAGACAUCGGUGGCCUGGCGGGCGUUGAAAAGAUUCCCAUUGCCUGGGCAUCUAGCAGUGGCGCACAGGUAGUCGACACCAUGGUGACAAGAUUUCUGCUACCAGCAUCCCAUGUAGUUUGCAUCUUUGCUGAAGAUAUCGGCGGGUUGGUGGGGGUGCAGGCCCUCCUACGGCGCUGGAUCGCUAUCGGGCCACAGGCGACGCAGCCAGCACUCCGUCCACGCCUUCUCGUGGUAGUAGAGACGAAAGAAGUCACCAGCGGGGAUGAGCCCCUUGGGGAUCCCCACCUCGCUGGCGUUCUCGCCCCGCCACCCGACGCCCCCGAAGUCUUUGCUGGAAUUCAUAUGUUGUAUGUGUCGUCAGCCUCCGUGCUCUCGGAUGAGGCCCGGUACCGGCCACUGAAAGAAGAACUGUUCAAAGCGCUGGAUGUAAUGGAGCGGGAUCGGAGCGAGUGUGGGCUACAUUUCUCGGCUGCUCAUCUACCAGGGCUCUUGGAGAAAGCGAUCCGACACACCGCGCAGGCUCAUGACAGGACUUUCAAUCUCAUUGAAACAGCCCGACCUCCGCCUCGCCCCUUGGAGUGGACGUUUCACAUCGGCCACUUUCUGCGCCAAGGAAACAAGGUGGCAGUGGAGGCUCAGGACAUCAUCAUAUCCUCCAGCUUGAUGUUAGAUGCCUUUCCACCAAACAUGCAUGAGUUCCAUCCAAUUGAUCUUUUCCGACAGCGCUACCGGCAGCCGUGCCUCGAUGCACUCAAGCCAGUGGUUGGCGGCGCAGCUGCCGUGCAUCGAGUGCAAUCCCUGGAGUCGCGGGUGAUCGAUAGUCAUAUUGACAUGAUUAAUCGGGGUGCGUCGGCCCUAGACCUUCAUCAAGGCCAGCAGGAGCAACAUCGGUUAGUCUUCCAGAGCCUUUUCAGUAAUCAAACGUGUCUAGGUUGUCUACUCUCUAGCCCGCAGCAUUCCCUUGCCUGUGGUCAUGCCCUCUGCGACGCGUGUGUCGAGAGGUAUGGUCAACCUCCACCGCGGGAAGAAUCUACGUAUAUUCUUGAGGCUUGCCCGCUCUGCCAACAGCCCUGCCUGACAUCAAUAGUCCUUCUGCCACGGACUGCGGCGGUGCGAGCCCUCACUGUCGACGGCGGCGGGAUCCGCGGGAUCGUUUCCCUCCAGAUUCUGCUGACCCUUCAAAACUUACUGGGCCCGCACUGUCCACUGCCCGACCUAAUCGACGUCGCAUUUGGAACCAGUGCAGGUGGCUACAUUGUGUUAGAUAUUUUCGCCAUGCGAAAGAGUGUUUUUCACUGCUUUGAGGCUUUCCAACGUCUUCUAUUUGGUUUCUUCAGUAGCCAGCAGCACGGCUGUCGAUUUCUUUCAUGGCCACGUCAGAUCAUACGCGGUGUCACCAACCGUGGGUUGUACGAUACAAACCAGGUUGAAUCGCUUCUGCGGACACACUACAGUUGCACAAGGCGACUCUUUGGGCCGGAUGUACCAACGAGUACCAAAAUCGCGGUCACCACCACCACCCAGCAUGGCCCAGUGAUAUUGACCAAUUACAAACCCGCUGUCCACAGGCCGGAAACUGCGGGCUAUCGUGAAUUCAUCGCCCAUACUCCGGACGAGGAGCCGCUUCUUUGGCAAUGUGCCCGCGCCACAUCGGCUGUUCCAGGCCUCUUUCGGCCGUUUGCCCUGGCGGCGCUCGGCGACUGCUGGGAUGGUGGCUUGAGGCACAACAUGCCCGCAGAACUUUUCCAGGUCGAGUUGCAACACCUGUGGCCCUGGCGGCCACCUCUCGGCUGUCUCCUGUCGAUCGGAACGGGCGUAAGAGAUCGUGCCCGCCUAGAACGGUCUACAACUACCCCACUCUCUGGCACUGCCCCUCACGAGCACUUUCUUCGGCCGGUGUUAUCCAGCUUCAUGGACAGCAUGGACGGUGCGGCCGCUUGGCUCCGCUUCUGGAAUCAGGCCGAUCGCUCAGUGCGAGACGCAUCCACCCGGCUCGACGUGUUGCUUACAGGUCCUGAGCCUCUCUUGAAUGCUGCUCAUCGAAUGGACGACCUCAUCCAGCAGACCAUCAAGCAGGGAGUGGGGGACCACGGCCGCCAAAGCCUCAUACGUCUCCUUGCUCAAAGCUUGUUUUUCGAACUUACAUCUGCCCCACAUAGUGAGAAUGAUGGAGCAUCAUAUAGAUGUACAGGUUCAAUCCGAUGUCGUGUUCCUGGGCAAACAUUUCUUGGUGCUCUCCGCCGCUUGGAUACCUCGCGAAAGGAGUAUGUCCUUGGCAGCCGGCCCUUGGGCAUGAGUGUGACUGAAGGCUCGAUUUGCCCAGGGUGUAGCCGCUACUGCGUACCGGUGCGCUUUUCAGUUUCGAAUAUGGAUGAUAAGAUCGCACUCUCGAUUCGACUGGCAGACGGACAGCAGUACUCCAUUGGAGGUUUUCCCCACCCAGUGCGGUGGUUCAUGCACCGCCAGGGACUCACCCCCAUGUAUGGCUUUGCCGGCGACGGUGUCAAUACUCGAGAUGAUUGUCAGACUUGCACCAAACGGAUCCUUCGGCGCCAAGGUCUCCGGAUUACACAGCUGCAGGCUCGCAGAAAGUUGCGUAUUGCUCAUGCAAUCCAACACGCUACCUAA